GAUUCAAACCCUUUAUAAACCCCUCAUUGCCAUCAAUGCUGAGAGAUCAAAUAUUGCAGGUGUUACUUACCAUUACCCUUCUUUGCAAAGCUCAAUCUCUCUCUGCUACACGUACCGGUUCAUUGGUUUAAUGGAGAGGAGGAUCGUAGUAGCAGUGGAUGAGAGCGAGGAGAGCACGUAUGCGCUCUCAUGGUGCCUGAAAAACCUAAUUUCAGAGUCCUCAAAAGAUACCAUCAUUCUCUUAUAUGUCAGGAAACCCCCUCUUGAAUACCCUGAAUUGGAUGGAACAUUUACAGCAUAUCUUUUCUCCAAUAAUAUCAGGGCAACCAUGGAUAAAUAUAGCAAGGAUCUGGCUGAAUCGGUGAUGGAGAAAGCCAAAAUGAUAUGCCAAAGCUCUCCACAUGUAAUGGUUGAGACAAAAGUGGGGUGUGGAGAUCCAAGGGAAGUGAUAUGUGAGCAAGUUGAAAAGCUUAGAGGAGAUCUACUGGUCAUGGGAAGCCAUGGUUACGGUGCCUUCAAAAGGGCUUUUCUUGGGAGUGUGAGCAAUCACUGUGCUAACAACACCAAAUUACCAGUUUUGAUAGUUAAACGUCCCAAGGAUUAAGGCUUUUAAUAACUCUAAUUAUUUAACUUUGUAUUACUGUCCUUUUUUUUUUUGAGAAAAGUUAUUAGUUGUGGUAGAAAUUAGUGUUUUCUUUCUUCCAAGUACAUAUUAGAAAAAUGUACAUAUAUUUGUUUUGGAUUUCUAAUUGAUUAGUGAUACUCUUUUCUUGAACCACAUGUAGCUAAUUUGGGCGUUAGGGGAUUAAUUUGGAGGUUGGUUUGGGGUUUAAUCCCUUAGGACCCCAUCACCACCGACAAUUCAAUUCCUUGAAAAGGAAUAUAGAUGUAUGCUGCAAAACUAUGUAUCUUUGAUACAAGAAGAUUACGAUAGCUGUUA